AUGACACUCGUAAAAUUAGCACCACACAAUAAAACCCUCAAAGGGCACAAGCUGCUUCUCACAGACCCUCGUGCUCUCCCCAAAGACGCCCUCGAUCGCCUCCACGCCAGCUUCCCAGACCUGCACGUCCAGUCCUUUGACGCAGACGUGACGGACCCCUGGGACAAUGUCACGCUGGCUCUGGGAUCUAGUUCUAGAUUACCCUCUCGCGAGAAAGCCAGGAAGCUCGAGUUCUUUCAGUUGACGUCGGCCGGUGCGGACGGCCUCGUCGGCAAGCCCAUCUUUGACGACACCAAGAUAUCAUUCUGCACCGCGAGUGGUGUGCACGGACCUCAAAUAUCUGAAUGGGUCGUGGGCACCUUUCUCGCCUUUCAGCAUCAACUACCUGAAUAUCUCCAGAACCAGCAGCAAGGCAGAUGGAAAUCCUCCAAAACGCCCACAGACGACUCUGUUGGCCAGCGAGUAGGCAUACUCGGCUACGGCAGCGUCGGCCGUCAAGUCGCCCGCGUCUGCAGGGCCAUGGGCAUGAGCGUCCACGCCUACACGCUGCACCCGCGACGCACGCCCUCGUCUCGCCGCGACGACUCGUACGCGCCGCCGGGCCUCGGCGACCCCAGCGGCGAGCUCCCCGACCGGUGGUUCUCUGGCGGCUCGACCGCCGAGCUGCACGCCUUUCUCGGCUCCGGGCUCGACCUGCUCGUCGUCGCCAUGCCGCUGACGCCCAAGACGCGGGGUCUCCUGUCGAGGCGCGAGUUCGAGGUGCUGCGGGACAGAAAGACGUUUGUGUCCAACAUCGGCCGCGGGCCUAUUGUCGAUACGGGGGAUCUGAUGGAUGCGCUGGAGCAUGGCGUCAUUCGCGGCGCGGCGCUGGACGUCACGGAUCCGGAGCCGCUGCCGGACAAUCACCCGCUGUGGCAUGCCAAGAACAUCAUCAUCACGCCGCAUGUGAGUGGUGGCUCGUCAAAGUACAUGGAGCGGGUAUUCGAGGUCCUCAUGGCCAACUUGACGCGGUUCAGCAACGGGGAACGAUUGAUGAAUUUGAUCAAUAGAAAGGAAGGAUACUAA